UCGCGGCUAGCGGAGGCGCGAUCAGGCAGGCCAUAUUCGCCAUCGUGGUGUCAUGGUCACGUCGAUGGCGCUAUACGCGCCCAUAGGCAGGAUAUAUAGUUCGUUUUACCCUCCCAGUGCCCAGACUUAGCGUACUUCGGUCCUCCCAAGCCUUGCACUUUUCCCGCCCUCAUACCCAUCUUCAUACCCACCAUGUCUCAACGCAACGGACUGCGCCUCGGCGACAUCGCGCCUGACUUUGAGGCGGAGACGACCGCGGGCCCGAUCAAGUUCCACGACUGGAUCGGCGACUCUUGGGCCAUCCUCUUCUCCCACCCUGGCGACUUCACCCCCGUGUGCACGACCGAGCUCGGCGAGGUGGCGCGCCGUGCGGAGGACUUCAAGAAGCGCAACGUGAAGGUCAUCGGCAUCUCCGCGGACGACCUGCAGAAGCACCACGACUGGGUCAAGGACAUCAACAAGUACGGUGGUGAGACGACGGGCCCGACGGAUGUCCAGUUCCCCAUCAUCGCGGACGGUGAUCGCAAGAUCGCGACACUGUACGACAUGCUGGACUACCAGGACGCGACGAACAGGGAUGCGAAGGGCCUCCCGUUCACCAUCCGCACCGUCUUCAUCAUCGACCCGAAGAAGACCAUCCGUCUCACCCUCGCAUACCCCGCCGCUGUUGGCCGCAACUUCGACGAAAUCGUCCGCGUCGUCGACGCGCUCCAGGCAAGCGACAAGCACCGCAUCGCGACGCCCGUGAACUGGAAGCAGGGCGACGACGUGAUCAUCCACGUCGGCGUCUCGCAGGAGGAGGCAAAGCAGAUCUUCCCCGAGCACAAGGUGCACCUGCCGUACCUGCGCACGACGCCGUUGAAGCUCGACGUGUAACUGAAGCUGGACGAAACUGGAAUAUGUAUUUUAUGUAUGUCGUACAAAUUCACGGAUGGAGUCUGCAAGCUACCAUAAUCGAGGCGGUCCCGUAUACUCCUCUUCCUCCCAGAUAGGUAGUUCCCUAGCUCCAUUCACGCGCAUCUGCUCCUCGAAUUCUGCUCGCACCUGCAGCACCGCUGCUUCGCGGACUUUGCGCACCUCCCAAUUCUCCGCCGGUCUGGUAACAUCCUGACCGGGGAUACACGAGAUUUGCAUGCACAA